AUGUCGGUCCUCAUCGUCCUCUUUCUCUGUUUGGUGUCGUCUCUCCGCACCGCCGGAGCUUCGGAUCCAGUGGCGGGGGACAGGGAGGCUCUCCUCGGCCUCAAGCGUUCCCUCGAGUAUGAUCCUCUCCACCUGCUCUCCGGUUGGAACCUGGCAAGUGGGAGUCAUUGCGAAUGGUACGGCAUCACCUGUGACCUGAUUUCCGGCAGGGUGACGGCACUGAACCUCACCGGUGCACUGGUUGGGAGACUUACGGUCUCCAUUGGGAACUUGACAGAGCUCAGGGUGCUCUCGCUCUGUGGCAAUGAAUUUUACGGGGAUUUACCUGCGGAGGCUUUGGCGAGGCUCCGAUUAAUGGAAGUCCUCGAACUGCAGCAGAAUAAUUUUUCUGGGGUGAUUCCCGCGCAGAUGGGCGUUCUUGCUUCGCUGCGUAUUCUCAAUGUUUCCUAUAAUUCGUUCUCCGGCACAGUACCAGAUAAUCUGAUCGGACGCUCGACACUUGAAGCUGUCGAUCUAUCGCACAACCAUCUCGCAGGGAAGAUUCCGAUAAGUCCGGUGGAUGCUUGCAGCUCUCUCAGUGUCUUGAAACUUUCGAACAAUUUUUUCGUAGGUGAGAUCCCGCGGGAAAUAAGUAAUUGUCGCAAUCUCCGCUCGUUGCUGCUGGAUGGUAACAUUCUAGAGGGUCGCAUACCCGCUGAAAUUGGUCGGUUACGUCAGCUUCGAUUUCUCGAUGUCUCCCGGAACAGUCUGACGGAUACGAUCCCCCCUGAACUUGGAAACUGCACCAAGCUCUCUGUUCUGAUACUGACGAAUCCCGAUGAUAGCACAGCUCCUGUUUCCGAGUUCAACGCCUUCGUGGGAUCAAUUCCGUCUGAGGUACUCCUCCUUCCAAGCCUCGCUUUUCUUUGGGCUCCAAGGGCGAAUGUCGGCGGGCAUCUACCGAAGAGUUGGAAUAACUCAUGUGGGUUGAGGACUCUCAAUCUGGGCCGGAACUACUUGGCUGGGGCGAUACCCGAGCAGUUGGGAAUGUGCAGAAACCUUUCAUUCUUGGACUUGAGUUCCAAUGGAUUUGAGGGCUCUUUCCCUGUGCAGAUACAAGACAAUUUCUUGGCUUAUUUGAAUAUUAGUCAUAAUUCAUUGGAUGGAUUGCUACCUGGAAAUAGAAACCCUAGUCGGUCCAUGAGCAGGAAUUAUAAGGAUGAAGAUGCCGGCUUAUCUUUUGAGGAAAAUCUCGAGAAUCUCUACGCAAGGAGAUUUAUACGUAGUGCUCUUGUGAGAAACCCAUUUGGUCCAAUCUCCGAUCACGAUCCUGUUGUACACGAUUACAGUUUUAACAGGUUCAGUGGCGCCUUGCCGUCAUUCUUAUCACUGAGUGGUCGGAGACUUUCAUUCAGCCUGUUUUUGAACAACAACAAUCUCAGUGGAUCACUUUCUUCUGCUUUGUUUGCACAGUGUGAAGAUUUACAGAGCUUCAGAGUGAAUCUGAGUCGGAAUCUGCUGUCAGGUUUCAUCCCUCCCAGUGCUCUAUCAACUUGUCUGCAGUUGACAAGGCUGGAAGCAGCCUACAAUCAGCUGACUGGACCAAUCCCCACUAUUGUUGGCAAUCUACUCAUUCUCUCACAUCUUGACUUGCGAGGUAAUCGCCUAAAUGGCGCUGUCCCCCAAGAACUGGGAAAACUGAAGAAUAUGGAGAAACUUACUCUCAGUGAGAAUAGUUUCACCGGGGAGAUCCCGUGGCAACUUGGACAAAUUGUUUCCUUGAUAAUUCUGGAUCUUUCUAAUAAUAAAUUGACAGGGACUAUCCCAUCGAGUUUAGGCGACCUCCCAAAUCUCCAAGUUUUAUUAUUGCAUCACAAUAGCCUUUCAGGCAUAAUACCCUCAUCUUUCUCUAAUCUCUCUAGGCUUAUUACAUUGGAUGUCUCUUUCAACAACCUUUCAGGUCAUAUACCUCAUCUCCGCUUCAUUAGUUGUGAUUCCUACAAAGAAAAUAUGUUUCUUCAGCCAUGCCCUGAUCCAGAUGCUACCUCAUCUUCUGGCCAUGCUCAGGAGAGAACUGAACAAAAUCAUAUCUUCCAGCCUUAUAUCAUAGUAAUAGUGGCAUCCACCUCUUUCUUCGUUUCGAUUCUCAUAGUUUUAAUUCUCUUCCUGACCUUUUCUAGAAGGAAAACUGAUCAGCUUGCUCAAAGCGGAGAGAAGGUGCUUGUGAGCUUUGCAGAUGCACCGGCUGAGCUGAAUUAUGAGGGUGUUGUUGAAGCAACGGGAAACUUCAGUAUAAAAAACCUUAUUGGAAUGGGUGGAUUUGGGUCUACCUACAAGGCAGAACUGGUUCCUGGAUUCCUAGUGGCAGUAAAGAGGCUUUAUAUUGGAAAACUUCAAGGCCUUCAACAGUUUGAUGCUGAAAUCAGGACCCUGGGGAGGAUCCGACAUAAAAAUCUCGUGACUCUAAUGGGGUAUCACAUGGGAGAGGCAGAUACAUUUUUAGUUUACAAUUACCUUUCAGGUGGGAACCUAGAGGCCUUCAUCCAUGACCGGUCAGGUAAAAAUGCCUGCUGGCGUGUGGUUCAUAAAAUAGCACUGGAUGUAGCUCAAGCUUUGGCAUACCUUCACUACUCUUGCAUUCCUCGUAUUGUCCAUCGGGAUAUCAAGCCAAGCAAUAUCUUGCUCGAUGAGAGGCUAAAUGCUUACCUGUCGGAUUUUGGUUUGGCUAAGCUCUUGGAAGCUUCAGAGACACAUGCUACUACCAAUGUUGCUGGAACAUUUGGCUAUGUUGCCCCAGAAUAUGCAAUUACAUGCAGGGUAUCUGAUAAAGCAGACGUAUACAGCUUUGGGGUCGUGCUUUUGGAAUUGUUGUCUGGAAAGAGAUCUCUUGAUCCAUCGUUCUCAGAGUACGGCAAUGCAUUCAAUAUUGUUGAUUGGGGGAACAUGUUGAUCCGAGAAGGGCGGCAUUCUGAGUUCUUCUCUCCACUCUUAUGGGAAGCUGGGCCAAAAGAUAAUUUAGUUGCUAUGUUGAGGCUUGCCUGUUUGUGCACUGUGGAAUCCCUACCUAUAAGACCGUCAAUGAAACAGGUUGUUGAAAAAAUAAAAAAGCUGAAGAACUACUAA